AUGAAGAAAAAACCCAACAUCUUUGAGUUACCGCCCAAGUGUCCGGCGCUCGCAAAUAAAAUCUCUGGCAUCUUUGGUUGGCGGCAUACGUACCAAGUGCACCAGCGACAGAAAGGCAUUGCACAUUGCCAACAACAAUUGUGUAAAAGUUACUCGCUCAACUUACCACGGAAGGUAGGUGAGACUACAACGACAGGAACCGGCAAUGUGGAAUCACAAGAUAAAAAUAUAGCAUCGACGUCUACUCGCAUCGUAUAUCCAGACAACAGCAAGAAUAGCAGGGUUUCGAAGUCUGAUACAGCUACUUGCGAAAUAAAUCCGGAUUCCUGGGUGGUUGUGCAUCAUCUGCAGUCGCAGUCAGGUAUUCUUGAUCCGUCGGACCACAUCUGCGACGUUGCAGAUGAUCGAGAGGAGAUUAUCGCUCACUAUGAGGAUGCGGGUGUAGCACUCGAUCCAGGUGUUCAACAGGGUGGCGGAGAUGGAGCAAGCGGUAGCUCUGUUGGAACCGGAAGUCCUGACAUAUUUCAAACGGCGGCUUCUGGUAAAAAGAGCACCAUAGUUGCAGUUGGACGAACGGUCGGUGAUCCGGCCCUGGAGAGUAUCAUCGGUGUUAACGUUAGCAUCACCGAAGGAACAGGCAACACUGACAAUGCUGCGUUGAACAUGUCGAUCGGUGGUCCUGGAGGGGCUCAUGAUCAAGGCAACCCGACGAGUGGAGUUGCGUCGUGCAUUGAGGUAUUCGCCAACGAACCCGCUCCACUUGGGCUUGGCCUUCAAGUUCGCCGAGGCAGCGAACCAUCCUUGCACCAAAUCGGCGUGACGGAACAGCAUAGCCCACUGUACAAUGUGAACUCGAACAGCCACCACGAAGGAACAAGUAAGCGUUGGUCAGCAGCACCUGUCUGUCGGAGUGACAGUGAUCCCCCUUCGGACCGGAUGCAUUCAUCGCAACAAAACGGAGCCGCGACGGUGUACAAUUAUAAUCAUCACCUGAUGUCACCUGAGUGGAACGUACCGGAGGAGGAUGUAUCGCAACAGCAUGACAGUCUACUGCCCCAGGCGUUCAACCGCUCCGGGCGUCUGUCGAUGCAAUUUUUAGGCACCGAUUCAGGAAAUGGCUAUCGUUGGAUGGACGCGGCGGAGAAGGUCGCUUCUGCAGCGCACAAUCAAUCAGAGUCCUCGUAUGGGUACCAACCUUAUCAAAGUUUUGUGCAUCAGCAAUUGCAACAACACCCUUUUCAUCAUUCGGGAAACGAUGUUACGUGCUCAGGUGGAGGAAGUGUGGCCGGAAAUAGCAGCUUUAGCUCAAAGUCACUUCCUCGCGAGUCUACUCGUAAAGAACCACUUGGACAAGCAAAGGCAUCAGUGUAUGAUUCAAUACGUAACAAAGACAGUGAAAUGCUACUGGUAGUGAAUGAAUCUGGCGGGCCACUAGGACUCACAGCCAUUCCGGAUAUGGACCGGGGUGGAUUGCUGGUGCAAAGUGUGGAAUCGGGUAGUAGAGCGGAACGUGGCCGUCUGCGGCGGGGUGAUCGUAUUCUCGAGAUAAACAAUAUUAAGCUCAUCGGGCUCUCUGAAAGUUCCGUGCAGGAACAUCUUAAGAAGAGCCUUGCAUCGACUGAGCUAAGAUUGCGCGUAGUACGUGGUACCGGUAGCAGAACCGCGGUGAGGAAAGCAGAGCAACAGCACUUUGGUACCCGAUUGGUGAAGAGUAGCAGCGGACCUCGAUAUAAUCGCGAUAACCGCGUUGGCCAGAUGAUCGAAGCGGAGGAAAAACCAAUUUCGACAGCUAAAGUUGCGACGCUAUCGCCUACGCGCAAGAUACCUGGUGCACCCUCUACCGCCACUAGCCUGCAGGCGGCGAACACCAGAAAACUCGGUAAACGCAUCGAAAUUACACUUACAAAGGGUGAUCACGGGCUUGGAUUUUCUGUCACCACUCGUGAUAAUCCAGCCGGUGGCCACUGUCCAAUAUACAUAAAGAACAUUUUGCCGAAGGGUGCAGCCGUUGAGGACGGUCGGCUUAAGCCGGGUGAUCGAUUGCUCGAGGUGGAAGGCGUUCCAAUGACGGGUAAAUCACAAACGGAAGUAGUUUCAAUAUUACGCGGCACGCCGCAAGGAGCCACUCUCAAAAUCGUAGUUUCUCGUCAACAAGAACUAGCAGUCGAUGUAAAAGAACGUGAAAUAGAUUUUAACACUGAAAGUGAACCAAAGAAUUCGCCUCCCAAACCACCACCACCAGUAAUGCCUAAAUCAUCGUUAAAACAUCUGGAUAGUAGCCACAGCCUCUCGAGACCCUCCGACAUAUUGCAUGUAGAAGGAGUAAGACGGUGUGAUCCUCAAAACAAUGUAGGAAGCAGUCGUUCACUGCCAAAACUCUCACCCAUGGAUUCCUCUUCUACACCGAAAACACCAAUUGUACAGAAAAAGUCUCUAGCAUCAAUAUUAAAAUCGGCAUCAACUAACCACGUCGUUGAAUUGAUGAACCAGCAUCAAUUGGACUCCAAUGUCAACGCUGAUGGCAGAUACAAUUCAGGCAUCGGGAAUAUGCUCAACGAACAGACUAUGUCGAAUAACGGUAGCGGAGGUGAUUCAGUGGUAGGAACAGCCUGGAAAAAUAGAGAAAUGCUUACUCUUCAUAUACCGGUACACGAUACUGAAAAGGCCGGAUUGGGAGUGAGUGUAAAAGGAAAAACGGGCUCCGGAAAUUGUAGUAGCAGUACGGGAAGUGGGAGCAGUAGUCGUACGGACGGAGAUCUCGGUAUCUUUGUGAAGAGUGUUUUACAUGGUGGUGCAGCCAGCCGCGACGGCCGGCUCAAGAUGAACGAUCAGUUGUUGAGUGUGAAUGGAGUAUCGUUGCUUGGUCAGUCAAACGCCGAAGCAAUGGAUACCCUACGCAGAGCGAUGUUGCAGUCGGGUGGUAGCUAUCCGGGUAAAAUUAUUUUAAAAAUUGCUCGUCGUAUUGGACGCCCGGUAAGUACUGGAGAACUGUUGGAAACGAUUGAUCCACGGUCCAAUGUUGGAGUGAAGACGGAGGAGCAGCAAAGCGAUGCAAACUCAGGAACAGUGACAAUAUACCUUAGCACAGAGAACGCACAGCAUCAACAAUAUUCGCCAACACGCCGUUCGCAAAAAGAUAGUUGCGAACCACAAAACCAACAGGGUCAUUUGCAGCAAGGCAAACGUUACAGCAAUCCCGUGCUAGAUCGUUUAACCGGUGGUGGAACUAACAGUAGCACAACGUUACUGCAACACAUGAAUCAGCUGCCAUUGAAUGGCAGUGAUACAUCAUCCGGUGGCCAUUAUCCUAAUAACAGUAACAAAGUCCUAAGUCCUAAUAUCAGUAAUACUAUGCAUAAUCACCAUCAAGAUUCCCUCAACCAAAGACCACCUGCUCAGCGUUUAUAUGCACCAGCAUCAGCAUUAGUGCAUCGGCCGCCAGUGCAGCAUGGGCUUCGAAAUGAGAGCUAUUACAUGGCGACUAAGGACCACUGGAGUACGACAUCUUCAGCUACUAGUCUAAAUGGCAGCAAUGUAGUGAUGAUUGAGGAAGAUCCAGAACCAACUUCUCCUACUUUCCAUCUCACCCGUCCCUUAGAAGAGGGCAGUACAGGUGUUGGUAUCAGCACAGGGGGCGGUCUUAGUAAUGUAAACACUUCAACACCAAACGGGGUCGAUCCGACCUAUGCAAGCCAGCUAUCACUCGAAACUAAUCCACCUUCAUCAGAUGCGUUCAGUAGAGAUGCAAUAGGGCGUCGCUCGAUGUCAGAAAAGCAUCACGCUGCUAUGGAUGCACGCGAAACCGGUACGUACCAGCGCAAUAAGAAGCUACGUGAAAAACGCGACCGGAACAGCAAAAUAAUGACAAGCAGCGGUAUAUCUACUGUUGAUGAUUCGAUGGAGUCGAUUGACCUUCAGAUGGCCAGAUUAACCGGUCAGAAAAACAGUAUCAGUGAAAGUUCGGUCGGAGGAAAAUGCAUAAUGUCGACGACAGCAGCUCUGGCCGCUCAUCUUUUACACGCCGAGGCACAAGAUCAACUUGGUGAUCUCGGACCGUCAUUGGGAAUGAAAAAAUCAUCCAGUCUAGAAUCGCUGCAGACCAUGGUUCAGGAAAUACAGAUGGCAGAUGAACCACGAGGGCCGAAUGCUUUACGUACACCGCGAGGCCGUGGUCGUGAGGAAAUACUCCGGGCUGUCGUGGAGCAACCUUCAGAAUCGCCAGCGAAAAAACAUUGGCUUCUAGAAGAUGGAGCACCUGCUUUGUUGGCCACUGCGGAGUGUACGGAUGGAGGUUUUGUCUCUAGAAACAGCCCCUUUCAGUCGUCUUUAAAUGAUGGCAAAGGGGCAAAACUACGCGCUAAGAAGAGCGGAGGGUUACUGCGAGGAAUUGGUCAUAUGUUCCGAUUUGGAAAGCACCGAAAGGACGUGAUCGCGCCCACGGGAACGACGAGUCUUCUAUCAGCUACGUCAACAGAACCAGCGGUUGAUUACACAGGUCCAACGGGUGCGUCACAUCACACGAUCGGCACAAAAAUGACCGAAUCCGACGGUACAGGAACAGCUACUACACAGAGAACCGGAGGUAGUAGUUCUAGCUCAAAGCGUGGAACACUUGGAAUUGGACACAGCGCUGCAUCGCGAUACAUCGUGUUUGAUCCAAAUUCAGUCGAACGUUCGGCAUCGUCCGGUGUUAUGUAUGGACAUAGUCAGCCUCCUCAUUAUCAACCACCUCCACCACCGCCUUUAACAGGAGGAGCAACAGCUGCAGCUAGCGUCGGUGGUACUUCGAUUCAUCAUACCGAUGUUUUUAACCAUCGUUACUCACAUUACGUCAACUACGAGGAACUGCAGCAACAGAUCAGGUAAACGAUGUUUAAAUUAAUCGCUUUAUGGAAUU